AGGACAAAGAUCUUGCUGACGCGUCGUUCAUGACUGCAUCAAUACGAGACUAACCACCACAGCCACCCUUUUUCCCACUCAUCUUUCCAUUUCAGAGCAAAAACAAGGAAACACUUUGCUCACAUCAUCAUCAUCAUCAACAACAAACAGUCAAACAACAUCACCACCAUGGGCCGAACGGAACGACGACCCAACAAGGAUGACGAUGGUGCACGCCGCCGUGUGUUGGCGAUUGACGACUUUGCGCAUCGCAAGGGAGUGACCAAGGCCAUCCAAGACUGUCGAAAACGCAAAGAAAAGAAACGAACGGCCACCGCCAAGGCAUUGCGUUCGUAUCGCAAGACCAUGAAACAAGAAGGAUUCACUCCAGGACAAGGUGCCAGUCGGAAACGAAACAACGGCGACACGAAAGUUACAGCUGCUGCUACUACUGAUAGCAAUGAUGAAAAAGAAAAAGAAGAAACAACCAUGAACAAUACUACUUCCACCACCAAACAACAUCAGGAAGGAAAGAAAUUCCACAAGACCAAUCCCUUUCAACAAUCCCUGCGAAAAGCAAAAGAAUCAAAGCAAAAGAAACAACAAGACAUUGUUGACAGAGAAGCGCACGAAAAGGAACGUGAACAAAAACUCAAGCAACGGCGCAAGAGAAGCAAGCAGUUGCGACAACGAACUUCCAAGGGGCAGCCCGUCAUGAAACAUGUGAUUGGCGAUAUUCUACGAAAACUAGAACGAGACAAGCAACAAGAAGAGCAACAAGGAUAAGAGGUAGCGUAGCAAUCCAAAUGGCUUGGUGAUCGAUUGUACUGUGCCGUGGACGGACAGAGGAAUUCAAUCGAAUCAAAUCUUCUGGGAAAACAAGGUACUGUAGCAAUUGUCUGCUUGCUAAAGGUACAGAACAUUACUGCAGCGUGCCACUUUCCCUGAUUAAUUAAUGCAAGAAAACCACGAUGUCAUCACGGUACCAGACAGAAAACGUAACAACAACGAAAGAAAGAAGAGAGCGUGGCAUUCGUGGAUUCUGCGUGGGAAAGGCAGAUCUCGACCGAGCGACCAAAACGAAACGAUCCAUCCACGAUGAUCAUCCAGCAACGAACAAUUACCAAUGCAGUAAUGUAAUAGCUAAUCAAUCGUCAUUAUCAUGGCGG